GCGUGUGCGUGCGCGUGUUCGUCCGCAUGUGCGCAGCGCAUCAACUGGACACUCUCACGUGACAGCGGUGUGGCUCCGCCGAUUGGUGGCAACGCGCGGAGGGCGUGUCCACGGUGGCGGCGUGCGUUUUGCCUCUGUGACACAAUUACAACAACUUUGAGCCGCUGGUUGGGGAAGUUUGCGACGUUUUCAAACCACAACUCCCUCGUACAAGGCCAACAUCCCGCCAACUCCAUGCACACCGCGGCCCCGGAGCACACGUCGUAUUCCCGUGUACAAUGAAGAGUGUGGACGGUAAUUUGAAGGGAUCAUUUCCUUGAGGAUUUGGCAAAAGAACUGCGCUGCUACGCCCCGUUUUAGUCCUGGAUAGGCGCGCGACACUUUUCCGUCUGUUCGCGUUUCGCCGGAGUCGCUCGGUCCGCGUCGAUCGUCCCGUUCUCCUUCGCCAUGAAAUCGUGCGGAGUGUCGCUCACCACCGCCGCCGCCUCCGCCGCUGCCCGGAGCGUCGGCGCUGCUGCUGCCGCCGCCGCUGCUGCUAAUGACGAGGAGAAAAUGGCGUCGGGAAAAGCGACUGAAAUCGAAGAGGACUUUCCGAAGCUAACGGCGGCGGAGAGAGAGCGUCUGCUCGGCGUGGACAGUUCACUGUUUGGAUUUCAUAGGCUUCAAGAAGAUGGCGCCAGAACGAAGGCCUUGCUUUUAAAGGCCGUCAGCUGCUAUGAAGCUCUCAUCCUGAAAGCAGAGGGGAAAGUGGACCCUGACAUUUUCUGUCAACUGGGUCACUUCAACCUCCUGCUGGAGGACUAUCAGAAAGCAUUAUCUGCAUACCAGAGGUACUUCAGUUUACAGUCGGAAUACUGGAAGAAUGCUGCCUUUUUAUACGGCCUGGCCAUGGUUUACUUCCAUUACAACGCUUAUCAGUGGGCCAUCAAGGCGUUCCAGGAGGUGCUGUACAUCGACCCCGGCUUCUGUCGAGUGAAGGAGAUUCAUCUGAGGCUGGGACUCAUGUUUAAAGUCAACACAGACCACGAGUCCAGUUUAAAGCAUUUUCAGCUGGCUGUGAUCGACUCCAAUCUCUGCACUUUGUCCAAAGCUGAAAUUCAGUUUCACAUCGCUCAUUUGUAUGAGAUCCAGAAGAAACACAGAGCGGCGAAGGAAGCGUACGAGCGUGUGCUGCAGACGGACGAUCUCCCUGCACAGGUGAAGGCCGCCACACUGCAACAACUCGGCUGGAUGCAUCACACGGUGGAGCAGCUGGGAGAUAAAGGCACCAAGGACAGCUAUGCCAUCCAGUGUCUGCAGAAGUCGUUAGAAGCUGACCCCAACUCUGGCCAAUCCUGGUACUUUCUCGGCAGGUGUUAUUCCAGUAUUGGGAAGGUGCAGGAUGCCUUCAUCUCUUACCGUCAGUCCAUCGAUAAGUCGGAGGCCAGUGCUGACACCUGGUGCUCUAUAGGGGUUCUGUACCAGCAGCAGAACCAGCCUAUGGAUGCACUGCAGGCCUACAUCUGUGCCGUGCAGCUGGACAACAACCACGCCGCCGCCUGGAUGGACCUGGGCACUCUGUACGAGUCCUGCGGUCAGCCGCACGACGCCAUCAAGUGCUACGUCAACGCCACACGCAGCAGGGCCUGCCUCAACACGGCCGCGCUCACGCAACGCAUCAAACUGCUGCAGGCUCAGUUGUGUAACCUUCAGCCAGGUUCUCUGCAGAAUAAGAGCAAAAUGCUUCCCAGUAUUGAAGAGGCGUGGAGCCUUCCCAUCCCUGCUGAGCUCACGUCCAGGCAGGGAGGUCUGAACACGGCACAGACCCCACAGACGUGUAAAGGAGACGGAGGACAGACGUCCAGUAAUCACACGGAGCCACAGGCCAGUCCUGCCAAAAAGAAACGCACCGCCAGCCCAGUCAAGAGUGUCCCAGACUCGUGGACAAGCAGCAGCAGUCAGCAGCAGCAGCAGCAGCAGCAGCAGCAGCAGAUCCCCAGCUGGUACCUGACGCCACAGAAGCUCCAGCUGCUGGAUCACUUACGGACCAACCGAGCAAACCUCAAGCCUCCUCAGGUGCAGAUGCUGGAGCAGCUGGAGAAGCAGUUCUCUGUCAUGCAGCAGCAUCAGCAGCAGCAGCAGCAGCAGCAGCAGCAGGCGGUGACGGCAGCAGCAGUGAGCGGUCAGCUGAAGCCCCUCCUUCCCAACGGUCCUGCAGCUGAGCCUCCUCACCGCCAUCACGCAGGUCUCACCCGCUCCUCUUCCUCCUCCUCCUCCCCCGUCAACCACGCGCCCGCGCAGCCCAACGGCUCCUGCUCCUCCAGUCCCGCGUCAGGGACGUCGCUGGGACACCAGGACAGGAAAAACCACAGCCUGGGCGUGGCAGGAGGCGGAGCCACCAACGGAAACAACAACAAUGUGCCUUACCCGCAGCAGAACUCUCUACCUCACAACUGCACAGCUGCCAGUCAGCCCAGCACCAGCACCACCAGCAGUCCCAGUCACUCUGACGAGACGUGGAGGAGCCAACAGCCAAACACUACCACUCAGGGGCUUCACAAAGGUCCAGGUUCACAUUCGGCGGGUCCUAAUGGAGAACCCCCUUUCUCCUCCUCGUCCUCCUCCCCUCACACCUCCUUCUCUUCCUCUGGCAUUCUGAAUCAGGUGGGACAUUCCUCCUCCGGGCCCUGCACUGCCUCCUCCUCGGCCUCCUCCUUGUCCCCCACCUCCCCACAGACCACGCCCAACCACCUCUCCUCGCCCCCCCACUCCACAACUACCUCAGGGCUCCACACCAAAGACGCCACGCCUUCAGGGGGCAGCAGCAGCAGUAAUGGUGCCGCUGUGCCGGGAGGCCUGGAGGCUGCCGCCAGGCACCCCGCAGCGGGGACGCCACUCAGCCCCGGCUCCGCCCCCACGCAGGGAUUGACUAAUCACGUCCAGGCGCGGGUGGCGGACGGCUCGGCGAGCCGGUCUCAGCCCGGCUCUCCUGCCCCCGGCGUGCGAACUCCAGACAAUCCUCAGCUCUCAGCCUCGAUAAAGGGAAAAGCCAAUAACGACGACAACAAUAACCACAGUAACCACGGAGAUACUUCCUCAGAGAAACUCAACAACGUCCACCCGGGUCUCCACGGCAACGCCAAGCCAACGCCACAGCACUCUGCGGUCUCCGCCUCCUCUGCCGCCACGCCCUCUCCGUGCUCUGCAGAUGCUCAGGCCAACAACACCAACAGCCUCUCCAGCCUUAACAGUCAGGGGCCCACGCUCAACGGGGAGGGGCUGGGCGACUCCCACAGCCCCAGGAGGGUGGGGCCACUGGGUGGAGCUCACAGACACGGUGCCCCCGCCGGUCUUUCCCCGUGGUCCUCGUUUUCCAUCUACCCCAGCUCCAGUGAAGUCCUCAAAGCCUGCAGGAAUCUGGGGAAGAACGGACUGUCGACCAGCAGCAUCCUCCUGGACAAGUGUCCUCCGCCGCGUCCCCCGCGUCCUCCCUCUCCUCCACUGCCAAAGGACAAACUCAACCCUCCCACGCCCAGUAUUUAUCUUGAAAACAAGAGGGACGCCUUCUACCCUCCUCUUCAUCAGUUCUGCACCAACCCUUCAAACCCGGUCACCGUCAUCAGAGGACUCGCCGGCGCCCUCAAGCUCGACUUGGGCCUGUUCUCGACCAAGACGUUGGUGGAGGCUAACCCGGAUCACCUGGUGGAGGUGAGGACUCAGUUAUCUCAGCCCACCGAUGAGAACUGGGACCCCAGCGGCAGCAGGAAGAUGUGGCGCUGCGAGAGCAGCCGCUCACACACCACCAUCGUCAAAUACGCCCAGUACCAGGCCUCGUCCUUCCAGGAGUCUCUGCGGGAGGAGAACGAGAAGAAGAAGGAUCUGGAGGCAGAAGCCACUUCCUCUGACGGUGUGCUGCGGCGGAGGAAGGCUCCCUUCAAACACCUCAAAUUCGGCACAAACAUCGACCUCUCUGACGAGAAGAAGUGGAAGCAGCAGCUGCAGGAACUCGCCAAGCUGCCGGCGUUCGCUCGCGUGGUUUCAGCCGGGAACCUGCUGAGUCACGUGGGUCACACCAUCCUGGGUAUGAACACGGUGCAACUGUACAUGAAGGUGCCGGGCAGCAGGACUCCAGGUCAUCAGGAGAACAACAACUUCUGCUCGGUCAACAUCAACAUCGGUCCAGGAGACUGCGAGUGGUUUGCGGUCCCUGAGCCGUACUGGGGCGUCAUCAACGACUUCUGUGAAAAGAACAACAUCAACUUCCUGAUGGGCUCGUGGUGGCCCAACCUGGAGGAUCUGUUCGAGACCAACGUGCCCGUUUACCGCUUCAUCCAGAGGCCGGGAGACCUGGUGUGGCUCAACACGGGGGCCAUCCACUGGGUCCAGGCCGUCGGCUGGUGCAACAACAUCGCCUGGAACGUUGGACCACUCACAGCUCAUCAGUACAAACUGGCGGUGGAACGUUACGAGUGGAACAAGCUGCAGAGCGUCAAGUCCAUCGUUCCCAUGAUCCACCUCUCCUGGAACAUGGCGAGGAACAUCAAAGUGUCCGACCACAAGCUCUUUGAGAUGAUCAAGUAUUGUCUGUUGAGGACUCUGAAACAGUGUCAGAUGCAGCGGGAACUGCUUCUGUCUGCUGGGAAGAAGCUGGCGUGGCACGGGAGGACACAGAGCGAGCCGGCACAUUACUGCAGCAUCUGUGAGGUGGAAGUGUUCGACCUGUUGUUCGUCACCAGCGAGAGCAACAGCAGGAAAACCUACGUGGUGCACUGUCAGGACUGCGCCCGCAGGGGGAGCUCUAACCUGGACAACUUUGUGGUUCUGGAGCAGUACAAGAUGGACGAGCUCAUGCAGGUUUACGACCAGUUCACCCUCGCGAGUCCACUUCCUUCCUCUUGAUGGAAGAAGAAGAAGAAGAAGAAGAAACGACGACGGGAACUUUGACGUUGUUUUCCUCCCUCUGCUAUUCAGGAAGUGAGCUGCGCUCUGUAGCCAUCCCAUAAGGCAGCUGUGUGAAAGCUGUGUGUGUCUAUGCAACCUGUGCUCAGAGACCCCCCGGUGGCCUGGAGGGGAACUGCAGCUCCUCCUGUUUCUCCUGCUGGUUCAGCUGGACUUCACCACAGGAGACGACGUCUGUACAGAUUUACUUUAACUGAGAGUUAGUGAGUCCACACAGAGCUGCACCACCUCCUCCCCCUCCUCCUCCUGCUCCUCCUCCUCCUCCUGCUCCUCCUCCUCUUCUGUUAGAAUCAGGAAACACAUUUUUAACAGCUGUUUUUCGUCACGUUUCUUUUUUACGAUAUUUUCCUGCGUUGUUUUUUUACGUUGUUUCUUUACGUCGCGACUUUGAUUUGUUGACAAACAUCAGCGACGUCACAGAUAAAUGAAUAAAAAGUUUGCACAAAGACAAAAGAGUGAACGUUAAUGAGUUUUUGAAUGUUUUCAUGUCAUUUGACUUUAUUUAUAAAAACAUAUUUAUUCAUGAAAUGCUGUCGUUUCUUUGGGUUUUUUUGCCAUAAAAUUUGAAGGAGCCUUUUGAUGAUUUUUUUUAAAUCCCGACACUUCGUAUGUUUUCUAUAUGAAUGAAAAGUGCUGAGUCAGCGUUGUACAGAGGUUUGUUUGAAGGAUGUUUUAAUAAAAACUGUCUUUAUUUACAUUUGCA